UAUCAAACAAAUGUCGUCAAAAGUCCGAAGGUUCCGAUUAUUUUUUUGCGUAAAUUCUUUAGUGUUUUUAAUUUAAUUCGUAAAUGAAUGUAUAUUGUUUAAAUACCUGAAAAAAUCAUAAGUUAAUAGUAUGUGUAGUAUUUAUCCUGUAUUAAUGAUGCAUUUGUUGUCAUAAUAGAUUUUCUGUGAUUUUCGUUCCGCAUGUUGUUAAUUGUUUAUUUUAAAUUAAAUAAUAAACUUUGCACGAGUUUCGCUUAUUAAAACAUGUUUGAUUUGACCGGUAUUUGUAUUUUAGUGCCCCUUUAUACAGCUGGAAUACUGCUGCUUGGUGCAACAAUAACGUCCGGAGUGUUCGUUUUCCACGUAGCUGUUGUACCACUAAUAUUCAAAUAUUCAAAAUCAUUUAGGAGGAAUCUAGUCUUCGCUAAUUUCGUACAAUGGCCUCUGAAUGUGAACUUCGAAGAACCCUCGUCGAGUGGUAUAGAGGGCGGCAGGAAUCUGAGCGUGGAGUAUCAUUCAAAAGUUGACAAUUGUCCAAUCAAAAUAGGUAUAUGGCAUAUCUUACCGAGAACAAGCUAUGAAAGAUUGAAAGGAAAUUUCCAAGUCGAUUCGGACAAGGAGGAAUUAAAUAGAAUAAUGGAUCAUGAAUUGGCCACAUCCAAGACUCCAAUAAUGCUUUAUUGCCACGGAAAUUCAAACUCGCGCGCCGCCUCUCACAGAAUACAGCUGUAUAAGUUCUUUCAGAAAAUGGAUUUCCACACCAUCGCUUUUGAUUACAGAGGCUAUGGGGACUCCACGAACCUGUGUCCGACUGAGGAGGGCGUCGUGGAAGACGCACUGGUCGUCUACGACUGGCUUCUGGCCACCGCAGACAAGGGUGGGGAGACGCCGCCUGUAUUCGUAUGGGGACACUCUUUGGGAACGGCGAUAUCAGCGCACCUCCUCGGCAACUUGGAGCAGCUCUCGCUUCGGGUCCUGGGCCGCGUCUUGCCGCCGCCUCGCGGACUUGUGCUGGAGGCGCCCUUCAACAACUUAGCGGAUGAAGUGGCAAAGCACCCUCUGUCCAAGCUGGUGACGUGGCUGCCGUACUACGAGGCGACCUUCGUGGAGCCCUUCAGGGUCCACCCCGAGCAGAGGUUCCAGUCUGAGAGGCACCUGGGCGAGGCCCCAGGGCUACCAGUGCUCAUACUGCACGCCAGGGACGACGUCGUGGUGCCCUUCGCCGUCGGACUCCAGUUGUACAAAUCGAUACUAGCUUCGCGCUCGCAAGGUGGCGCCACCGUCGCGUUACAUGCCUACGAGAAAUCCGAGAACCUGGGUCACAAGUGGAUAUGCGAGGCCAAAGACUUGACCCAAGUUAUAGGAGAUUUCGUUUCGGCUCAUCUAUGAAUAUUUGAAAUCGUUAAUUAGCUAAAUUUUUAGACCAAUUUUUGUUGUUUUUUUGUACUUUUUGUAAUAAUAUUUGAUGUAGUUAAUACAAGUUUAAUAACACGCUUGCAAGACGACAAACACAUUCGGGACAAAGGGUUUAUUUGUAUUCUGCCUUAUUUAUGGAAUUAAGUAAAUUAUUUGAUAA